GAGGACAGUCGACUUCCGGUUGAAACGACUUGAAGGCUCACCAACUGGUGGCUGUUUUUCACGCGUGCGCAUUAACAUGUGAUUUGUUUGUGUUGACAUGUGCAAUGAGUAUGGAUGGUUAUGUUUUCUGUAAUGUUUAUUUCUGUAAAAAAAGUUUUUAAAUUCAAUUACAUAACAUUAUAAUGGUACGUAAAUGUAUUUAUUGCGGAGAGCCACAAGUAGCAGAUGUUGAUCGUUCCUUUCACACUUUUCCAUGUAAUGAUAAGAAACUGCUGGAAAAAUGGAUUGAAAAUAUGAAAUUAGGGCCAAACUUUAAGCCUAGUAAAUUGGCUCGAUUAUGUUCAGAUCAUUUUGAGAAAGAAUGCCUUGAAAAUAGAAUAAAAGGAACUUUAUUAUCAGGAAGUAUCCCUACAAAAUUUAAAACAUAUAAAUCCAGCUGCAUUUAUUGCCAUGAAAUAAAAGGAGUUAAUAAAAAUAGGUCCUAUCGAAAAUUUCCUGUUGAAAAUCCUAUACUAUUACAAAAAUGGCUAUCUGCAAUGAAUCUGAAAGAUGUGGAAGUAACAAAGAGAAGUCUUUUGUGCAGUGAUCAUUUCGACAACACUUGCUUCAGAAAAACAGGAAAAUAUUUAAUUCUAAACUCUGAUGCUGUUCCAACUUUAUUUGCAAGGAGUAGUGAUGUUGAUAUACAUAAUUCUCAGGAAACUUUUAAUAAUAAAUGCAACAAAAGAGAAGUCUCACCGAAUGGCUUACGAAUUCCAAAAUUAUUAAAAUUAACAGAUUUUGAGAAUAACAAUAUUAUGGAAAACGUAUUAGUUUUAUCCGAAAAAGAUAAAUCUCUAGUUACAACAUCAUUUAUAGGAAGAGAAAAUUGCAUCCACUGA